GGCGCGGCGAGCCGCCCAUGGUGCAGCGCAUGUGGGCCGAGGCGGCCGGGCCUGCGGGCGGCGCCGAGCCGCUGUUUCCGGGCUCCCGGCGGAGCCGCAGCGUGUGGGACGCCGUGCGCCUGGAGGUGGGCGUCCCCGACAGCUGCCCGGUGGUGCUGCACAGCUUCACGCAGCUCGACCCCGACCUGCCGCGCCUCGAGAGCUCCACGCAGGAGAUUGGUGAGGAGCUGAUCAACGGGGUCAUCUACUCCAUCUCCCUGCGCAAGGUGCAGCUGCACCACGGAGCCAACAAAGGCCAGCGCUGGCUCGGGUGUGAGAAUGAGUCAGGCCUGAACCUGUAUGAAACGUGCAGGGUGCGGACCGUGAAGGCAGGCACGCUGGAGAGGCUGGUGGAGCACCUGGUGCCCGCCUUCCAGGGCAGCGACCUCUCCUACGUCACUAUCUUCCUGUGCACCUACAGAGCCUUCACCACCACCCAGCAGGUGCUGGACCUGCUGUUCAAGAGGUACGGUAGACGUGACGCCCUCACGGCCUCCUCUAGAUAUGGGUGCAUCCUCCCCUACUCCGACGAGGACGGCGGACCCCAGGACCAACUUAAAAACGCCAUCUCCUCCAUCCUGGGCACGUGGCUGGACCAGUACUCGGAGGAUUUCUGUCAACCUCCGGACUUUCCCUGCCUCAAGCAGCUGGUGGCCUACGUGCAGCUCAACAUGCCCGGCUCGGAUCUGGAACGCCGUGCCCACCUUCUCCUGGCCCAGCUAGAGCACUCAGAACUCACUGAGGCAGAGCCUGAGGCUCUAUCUCCAGCUUCAGUGCCAGCUCUAAACCCAGCUCCAGAGUUAGAACCAGUUCUAGCACCAGCCCUAGCACCCAGUCCAGUGCCAGCUCCAAAGCCAGUGCCAGCUCCAGCUUCAGAGCUAGAGUCAGCUCUAGCCCCAGUUGUGGAGCAACAGCCAGCUCCAGCACCAGCUCCAGAGCUAGAGCCAGCUCCAGCACCAGCUCCAGCGCCAGUGCCAGCACCAGCUCCAGCGCCAGCACCAGCACCAGCUCUGUCACAUACUGUACAGCUGGAGCCAGCUCGAGUACCAGUUAUCUCAUCAGAGCCUCCCUGGCCUUCGCCUGUGGCUGUGGAGGACGGGCUGAGUGAGGGGAAGCCUCGCCUCCUGGAGUUCCCUCCCGACCUGGUGGCAGAGCAGUUUACACUGAUGGAUGCAGAGCUGUUCAAGAAGGUGGUGCCCUACCACUGCCUGGGCUCCAUCUGGUCCCAGCGGGACAAGAAAGGCAAGGAGCACUUGGCACCCACCAUCCGUGCCACCGUCAACCAGUUCAACAAUGUGGCCAACUGUGUCAUCACCACCUGCCUUGGGGACCGGAGCAUGAAGGCCCCAGACAGAGCCAGGGUGGUGGAGCACUGGAUUGAGGUGGCCAGGGAGUGUCGCCUACUCAAGAACUUCUCGUCGCUCUAUGCCAUCCUCUCUGCGCUGCAGAGCAACUCAAUCCACCGUCUGAAGAAGACCUGGGAAGAGGUUUCCAGGGAGAGCUUCCGAAUCUUCCAGAAGCUGUCGGAGAUUUUUUCAGAUGACAACAACUACUCCCUGAGCAGAGAGCUGCUCAUCAAGGAGGGGACCUCCAAGUUUGCCACCCUGGAGAUGAACCCCAAGAGAGCCCAGAAGCGGCCGAAGGAGACGGGUGUCAUCCAGGGCACCGUUCCCUACUUGGGGACAUUCCUCACUGACCUGGUGAUGCUGGACACUGCCAUGAAGGACUAUCUGUAUGGGAGACUGAUCAACUUCGAGAAGAGGAGAAAGGAAUUCGAAGUGAUCGCCCAGAUCAAGCUGCUACAGUCGGCCUGCAACAACUACAGCAUCGUGCCCGAGGAGCACUUUGGGGCCUGGUUUCGGGCCAUGGAGCGACUCAGUGAGACGGAGAGCUACAGCCUGUCAUGUGAGCUAGAGCCCCCAUCCGAGUCUGCCAGCAACACUCUCAAGACAAGAAAGAGCACGGCCAUUGUCAAGCGCUGGAGCGACCGCCAGGCCCCCAGCACAGAGCUCAAUACCAGCGGCAGCUCCCACUCCAAGUCCUGUGACCAGCUCAGGUGCGGCCCCUACCUCAGCAGCGGGGACAUUGCUGACGCACUCAGCGUCCACUCAGCGGGCUCCUCCAGCUCCGAUGUGGAGGAGAUCACCAUGAGCUUUGUCCCAGAGUCACCUGAUGGUCAGGAAAAGAAGUUCUGGGAGUCGACCUCCCAGUCCUCCCCGGAGACCUCCGGCAUCAGCUCAGCCUCCAGCAGCACUUCGUCCUCUUCAGCCUCCACCACACCUGUGGCCUCCACCCGCAGCCACAAGCGCUCCGUCUCGGGGGUCUGCAGUUACAGCCCUUCGCUGCCACUCUAUAACCAGCAGGUGGGCGACUGCUGUAUCAUCCGCGUCAGCCUGGACGUGGACAACGGCAACAUGUACAAGAGCAUCCUGGUGACCAGCCAAGAUAAGGCUCCAGCUGUAAUCCGCAAGGCCAUGGACAAACACAACCUGGAUGAGGACGAGCCAGAGGACUAUGAGCUGGUACAGAUUAUUUCGGAAGAUCGGAAGCUGAAGAUCCCUGAAAAUGCCAACGUGUUCUACGCCAUGAACUCUACCGCCAACUAUGACUUUGUCCUGAAGAAGCGAACCUUCACCAAGGGGGCAAAGGUCAAGCACGGAGCCAGUUCAACCCUCCCUCGCAUGAAACAGAAAGGACUCAAGAUUGCCAAGGGCAUCUUCUAAGGGCAUCUCCCCAUGGUGUGGCUGGCCGGUAGCUAAGGACUAGAAUGAGCCAGGCCGGCUGGGCACCUUCUGCCCACCUGCCAGCCCAGGGCACCCCAGACUCCAGUUUCAUCCUGAACCUCCCCUGCUGCUGGGAUUGACGCCUGCUGUUCUACAGGCUGACCUGGCCUCCCGUGGACCACUCGCUGCCUUAGGUGCCUUCUGCUCUCUGGAACCAGAGGACUAGCUAACUUUGGCCAAGGAGCGCUGCCAACAGGCAUGGUACUCUGCCUGCCCCUGGGCACUGCCCUCUGUACACUUCCUUGACACCUUCCCAGGUGUGGAUCACUGCCACCUGUGCCCAUAGGCACCCCAGAGUACCCACUCACCUACUGGAUCUGACCACUGCAAUUCUCUCCUUGUGCCCAUGGGCAUUGUCCCGUGACCUUCGCAGGGGUUCUGGACCCUCCUCCCACCACUCUAGCCUUUCUCAGGCUGCACCAAAGAUUCCAUCAUCAGGGCCAAUUGAGAGUGAGGGAGUCUCACACACCGUGUACCCCAGCCCUCCCCUGGGAGACGAGAGAGAUCCUCUUCAUGGACCACACUCUUCACAGGUGAAUGAGGACAGACCCAGCUGAGUCCCAUUGAUGUUGAAUCUUAUGCCACUGCAAGUGCCAUUCAUCACUGCAUCCUGGGCUUUACAAGACCACAUGAGAUGGGGGUUAGUGGGGAAG